AACCAUUUUCUUGUUAUCUGGUUUUUCCCGUUCAUGUGUUUUGUCUGUCUCUGUAAGAAAGGCAAAGCUGAUCUAUUUCGCCAACCCAGCUGGCCACCCAAGACCCACUUUAGUUUCUUCCAUCUUUUUCCAUGUCCCCUUCUGUAUAAUCAUAUAUAAAUAAGCCCGACAUUCCCCAUCUCUUACAUAUCACUGUCCUUGUUUCACUUUAUAGCUCAGAUCAUCAGCUCAUCAUUUGCAGUUUAGACUGCUUCAAAUGGAGACAGUUGAAUUGAAGGUGGAGAUGGUUGGCAUGCAUGAGAAGAGGCUUAGAAAAUGCCUGUCAAAACUGAAAGGAGUAGAGAAAGUAGAAGUGGAUGGCAAUAGCCAGAAGGUAGUGGUUACAGGAUAUGCACAUAGAAACAAAAUAUUAAAAGCCAUAAGAAGAGGAGGUCUGAAAGCUGAUUUCUGGUCUGCACAGAAUGAGCUUCUCAAUGCUUAUGCAGCUGCCACUGCAACUGCAACCUAUGGAAACUUCAGAUUCAAUAACUACAACUUCUUCUAGCUCUGGUUCCAGGAUUAGGACUUUCUUUCUUUACGCCUUGAUUUCUCCCUUUUUGGUCCCCUAAUUUUGUGGGUUUCCCUACUAUACACCAAAGGUUUUGUGGUUUUUUUUUUCAUAUUUUAUUCCCUUUUUUUUUUUUUUUUUGGCGCAAGUAUUUUAUUUAUCUUUUACCAUCUCCAGAUGUAAUGUUCAAUUCGCGAAAUUCAA